AUGUCAUUGGAAGGCAUCAAAGAACUAUGUCUUUGCGGCUCCCAAACCACAGAUUGUAUGUUAGGUGAGUGCGAGCGCUGCCCAUGGACUCAAAGCCUCACUCUGGCUAAUAUGGGAAUGCUUGACGAGGACGAGAUCACAUUUGCCGUAUGGGAAAGCGGCGACUUGAUAAAGAAGACGUUGUCUCCAACCCUUUUUCUAAAAGAGCUCGUCAAAUGGGUGACCAAAUGGAUCCCGCACGAUUACAUACGCCGCACUCAAGCAGCGGCUAUUCAUGAAGCAAAGAUGUGCGAGCAGCGUGGGAGCAUUGUCCUUCAUUUUGAUUUUGCUGAAAACUGGACUGCCCUGCUGCCAAACGAAACGCAAUCGUACCAUUGGCAUGAAAAGCAAAUCUCCAUCUUCACCUGUGUUGCCACGACAAGGAAAGCCACACACAGUUUUGCCAUCAGAAGCGACGACAUGCACCACGACGCCUGUUGCGCCCUGGGCAAAGUGCACGAGAUGUUGGAUGAGAAAGUGCCCAUCUACUGUCACGUAACCUACGUCAGCGAUGGCGCAGCAAGCCAUUUUAAAAAUAGGUAUCAACUGUAUGAGUUGUGCCGCACCAAGUUCACGUCUGCAAGGUGGAUAUUUUCCGCUACCGGCCAUGGGAAGAACGCCUGUGACUGUGUGGGUGGACUCGUUAAACAUCAUGCGUCCUUGCACAACCUGAGGUCUGAACGCACCGAAUCCAUUCGGUCGGUGCAUGAGAUGGUCUCACAACUUAGCGACAAGCUCAAGAAUGUGACCCUGCUUCAUGCGCCUGCUGCAGCCAUCGAGGAGCAUCGUCAGCAGAAGUCAGUGGAGUGGAAGUCAGUGCCGCGUGUGCCGGGAAUUCAGUCAUGGCAUGUGUGGAUGUGUGCGCGCGGUCAGUCAAGCGGAUACGUGCUGUCCGUUUCGAGAACUUCCGCUAGCCAGCUGACGGCGAUUAAACCUUUUUGA